GAAAGGAGACUUCAAAAGACCAAGAAUAAAAUGGAUGAUUGAGUCUGAGCUUGAUCCUCCUGUUGCUGAGAUGACUGUACGGACUUGUGCAAAUCAGGCCAUCAAUGAAGACUACAGCAAUAACACCUAUAAUGUUAAUCGAGGCCACUUGUUUCCCUGCUGUCACGCAGCUGAUGUUAUCACUGCCGAAUCUACAUUCACACUGACCAACACAGUGCCACAGAAGAAGAGCUUUAAUGAACUCAGUUGGAAUCGCAUGGAAUAUGAGACCAAAAAUAUCAUGAAUACUUGCAAAAAUAACAAUAAUAAAGUUGAAGCCUAUGUGCUGACUGGAGCAGUACCUGGCAACAGUAAACUGAAAGAUAAAGUGAACAUUCCCUCUUACAUGUGGAUGGCGUUUUGCUGCUACAAUCGUAGUGAAAACAAAUGGGUCUCCCAAGCUUAUUGGGCCCAAAACAUUGAAGAAGAAAAGAGUGAAAACAAGAUUAUCCAUAAAGAUAGCCUGCAGAAAUUAAAACAAUUUCUUGAUGAAACAUGGGUGAGAAACGUACAGCUGUUUAAGGAAGACUACACAUAUGAAUAA